AUGACAGACAUCACUCCCGAGCUCAAUAAACUGUUAAUGGGGCUUAAUGCCCCUCCCACAGUUGAUCCUUCUUUGACUCUUCAAAAUAUUGAUGAAUUCUUAAAGGAAGCGUAUCGAAUAAAUUCCCACAUAGCUUCAUUGAACAACUAUCUAAAAGAUAUUCGGCAAUCCUACCUUUCAACAACAGCCCCUCCAGCAAGACGAACAAACAUAUCUUCCAAGACGAAACAACGAAGACAUCUUACCGAUCGACAACGAGAAGAAAUCGAUGCCGAAACCAAAAAGUUAUUACGAGAAUUAAAUUUCAAUAUAAAGAGUAUGGAUGAGGCUGAAGGAAUACGAUACACUACCGAGACACUCAUAAUUCAAAGUAAAUAUGCAAGAGCUCUUGGAAGAUUCGGAAAUUGGGCAGCAGGAGGAGGAGAACAAUCAAAAUCUUUGGAGCAACAAUUGGAAGAAGCAAAAUUAAAUGCGAUCAAGAUGCAUCGAGAUAAUGUUAUAUGGUAUUUACGACAAAAACUUUCGGAAUGUGGAAAACUUCAAGCUUCAAUGAUGGAGAUUCGAAUCAUGAGGGAGGUGGAAAAGAAUAAGAGUAAUCUUGCCAAAUCUCGAGCUAUGAUGCCAGAUCUUGGGAACUUGGGAGAUUCAUCAUCAGUAAAGUUCACAUCAAGUGGAGAUACUCAUCUCGAGGCACAAUCACAACCACAAACACAAACAUCGGAUCCUCAGUUGAGUUCGGAACAAUUACAAAUGUUGGCGGAAGAAAAUCAUGAUAUGGUAAAACAUUAUCAAAGUACUUUGGAUCAAGUCAAAACGGCAGAAAAGUCCUUGAUAGAAAUCUCGGAACUUCAAACACAACUCUUAAACAGUGUAGCAUCACAAGCGGAACAAAUUGAGAUUCUAGCCGAACAAUCUUAUCAAACUACCGAAAAUGUUGGGGGCGGUAAUAAAGAGUUGAAAAGAGCAACAGAACGAAAGAGUACAGCCAAUUUUCCAGAGGAUGCAGUUCCUCAAGCUCCAGAAGAUCCCCUCUUUGGAUUAAUGGCUGCUUAUCGCGCUGAUACUUUUGAUAAAAAGGUUGAUUUGGGUAUUGGAGCUUAUCGAGACAAUAAUGCUAAACCUUGGGUUUUACCAGUUGUUAAGAAGGCCGACGAUAUCCUUCGUAAUGACCCCGCUCUAAAUCACGAAUACCUUCCUAUCGCUGGUCUCAACACUUUCACAUCCGCAGCCGCGAAACUUAUGCUUGGUGCAGAUUCACCAGCUCUCGCAGAAAAACGUGCUUGUUCAGUUCAAACUAUAUCAGGAACCGGUGCGGUUCAUCUCGGUGCACUCUUCAUCAAGAAAUUCUACCCAGGCUCUCCUACGGUUUAUUUCAGUAAUCCAACAUGGGCAAAUCAUAAUCAAAUCUUCUCCAAUGUUCAUCUGCCUGUCGCUACAUAUCCAUACUUUUCAAAAUCUACCAAAGGUCUCGAUUUCGAUGGAAUGAAGAAUACGAUUCAAAAUGCUCCGGAUAAGAGUAUUAUUCUCUUACACGCUUGUGCACACAAUCCUACUGGUGUGGAUCCAACUCAAGAUCAGUGGAAAGAACUUGCCGCGCUCCUGAAACAAAAACAACAUUUCCCUUUCUUCGAUUGCGCAUAUCAAGGUUUUGCUUCAGGAGACUUGGCAAAAGAUGCUUGGGCCGUCCGUUACUUUAUUGAACAAGGUUUUGAACUUUGCAUCGCUCAAUCUUUUGCCAAGAAUCUUGGUUUAUACAGUGAACGUACUGGAUGUUUUCAUUUCGUUACCGGAGCAGGAAAAGAUGCCGAGAAAAACAUUGCCAGAAUCUCAAGUCAAUUGGCCAUUCUACAAAGAUCUGAAAUCUCAAAUCCUCCAGCGUAUGGUGCUAGAAUUGCAAGUACUAUUUUGAAUGAUGAAGCAUUAUUCAAAGAGUGGGAAGCAAAUUUGAGAGAGAUGUCUGGAAGAAUUAUUACUAUGCGUAAAGAACUUCGAUCGAAACUCGAAGAAAUGGGCACACCAGGAAAAUGGAAUCACAUCACGGAACAAAUUGGCAUGUUUUCAUUCACAGGAUUAUCUGAGAAACAAGUCAUGGAAUUGAGAAGUGAGGCUCAUGUUUAUAUGACAAAGAAUGGUAGAAUUAGUAUGGCGGGGUUGAAUACUAAUAAUAUUGAUUAUUUUGCGAGGGCAGUUGAUAAGGUUGUUAGGAAGACACAACAAGAGAGUGCUCAUCUUUAG